GUCAAUGUUAGAUGGUUUACUAAAAAAUCAACAAAUGAAAGAGACAAGCAUCAGAAUGACCUUGAAUCUUUCUCAAGGAUGGACCCAAGAAAAAGAAAUGAAUAUAUUGAAACUUUUGGGUCAGAAACCUGAUAUUGAUUGGUGUGGAUGCUUUAAAGAUAGUACAGAACGAACGAAUAAUUUUUCUUUAAUUGAAUAUAUUAAAGAAGAGUAUCAAAAUUUAUGA